AUGGGGAAACUGGAGGCUGAAUGGAUUGAGAAGCAGCUGCAGUACAAGACUAGAGUGGCGACGCUAGAGAAAGAGUAUAGGACAGCAUGGCAGGGUUUCUUUGCUAGCGCGGGUACCUCCACUUCAUCCUCAGGUUUUGUUUCGCUAGCAGAAGUGAAUAAGAUGCUUGAAGAGAUGGAUACGUUAAGAGUGGAAGAUGUACGUAAGAUGAAACAUCAGCUAACGAAGCUGAGUAGCAAGCUGCGCGAUGUCCAGGCGAAGGUAGAGGAGAUCGCGAAUGGAGACCAAUUUUUCUCGGAGCUCCAGGAAAGAAUUGACGUCAUGGAAGCAGCUCUAGCGCAGUUUCAGCUGGACCAACUGCAACAUUUUGAGGGGCAUAUGCUAAAGGAGAAGGUGAUCGAGAAAGAAUUAUCUGCAUUUAUGGAGAAGAUGGAAGGUUGGGAGAAUGAGACGCCGUCGAGGUUAAGUCGAGGUGGUGCCAGCUCUGCGUAUUUGGGUCCAAGAAUGACACAUGAGAUUGGUAUGAUGAAUCGGGUACGUAGGCUAAACGAAGCAAUUCUUCGGUCCGGUGGACUAAAGGGUGGGUGGGAUAGUCGUGAGCAUGCCGCAUUUACCUCACUCGACUAUGAAACAAGAGUUGCACGAUUCCUCCGCAGGUGUAUGAGAAAGAUUGUCACUCAGACAGAGAGCUCUGUACGAUCGCAUUUCGAGUGGUAUUUUCGCCAUCUCGAGCUGGUAGAGGAGAAAAAGCGCGUGAUCCAGGACUGGAAAGCGCGAAAGGAAGAAGACCGCCAGCAUAUUAUUAGCUCAAAGUUGAAGUCACGAGAGAAGACGGAGCGCCUGUUAGAACAGUGGAAACGAGAAAAGAAACAGAAAGAAGUGGAGAAGGAACAGCGAAGACGAGAGCUACAAAAGAAACGCGACGCGGUAGAAGCAAAGCGGAAACAAGAGCAAUUGGAUGCCAAGCAGAAAAUUAUACUGUACAAAAUGCAGAAAGAGCAAGAGGCCAUGAUGUUGGAUCGCACUGAUUUAGUCGAGCGGUCUCGAAUCGCUAUUGAGUACGCGAAGGCAAAACGUCUACGGCUUCAACAGAUUGAAGAACGAAAACAGCGGCAACAACAGCUACCUCCUCGUCCAGAGACUAAAACAACGGACGAACAUGCUAGCCCUGUGCCAAAACAAGCGAUGGUGUUUAACGCGACAGAAGCUUCCAAAGCGCGAGGUCUUAGUAAGGAAGAGAUUCGGAGAAAAGAACGACGAAGAGAACGUCAAAGCGCGCAUGACGCUUACAUUCCGGGUAAGAAAGCAAUCCCCGACGUCAAGUUCAAGAGCUUCGGACACAUUCCAAUUCAGCCACGCGCAAUUCCAGCAUGGAGAAAGAAUAUUUAA